AUGGAUUCUAGCACAUUUGAUUCAAUAAAUUUUGAUUAUUCUCUAAAUGUUUGGCUAUUAGUACUAUUUAAUCUUUUAACUAUUUGUGUUAUAGCUUUGAAUACUGCAAUCUAUACAAUAACAAACCAUUUCUUCAAAGCUAUUUGUUUCUAUUAUCUAUUGUUGUUGAUCUUCGUAAUAAAUUCUGUAUUUUUUUACGAUCCUCUUCCGAGUGGAAUUCUGUUAAUGUGCAUUACAGCUAUUUGUCAUGUACAUCAAUUAAUUUUGUCUCUUCUGGCUAUUCAAAGAUUUCUUCUUUAUUACUUCCCUUCUCUCAUACCAUAUAUAACAUCAAAAACACCAAAGUUGAAACGUAUUUAUACUCUUCUUAUUUGUAUAUGGACGCUUGUAAUGGUCAAUCCAUCUUUUCCGAUUUUGUUAGUUAAAGGAAAAAAAUAUACUACGUACUACAUUACUUUAAAUAGUAUUUCGUUUCUAUGUGCUUCUUUAUACAUCCCAAUGGUUAUCAGUAUUCGAAAAUUGCAACAUUUGGCGUCGUCGAUUAAAAAUAAACCACAUAAAUAUAUCAUGUAUCAGACUAUAUUUGUUGUUUUUUUCAAAUUGGCACAAAUGUUUUCCACGGUCGAAAGUGUGGUGAAGGGAGAGCUUUUUUCCCAGCAUUUUCCUUUUCUGUGCGUACUUGAUGUGAUUGCCACUCCGGUGAAUAUUCAACUGUCAUACUUGCUAUGUAACAAGAGGACUUUGGCUGAUGUACGGAAGAAAUUUACGCUGAGAAAUAUUUUUCGGAUAGUUUUCAAAAAGUCUACAGUAGAACCGUCUGUGCAAUACGUCGAUGGUACAACAGUUGCUCCGCCUACGUGA